CCUCAGCGGCCUGAGAGGCGCCUGCGCCGCGCCGCUCCCGCCCCUUCGCCGCUGCGCCGGGCGGCUCCGCGUGUGGCAAUGGCGGGCGCCGACAGCCAGGUGAAUGCUGGGGAAGAAAAAAAGUCAGACUCUGGAAAGAAGAAGAUGAAGGAAGGGGCCGGCGAUGGAGGGCGGACGGAGCUGAAUCCCUGGCCUGGAUUUAUCAGUGAACGUUUAGAGAUGUACAGUAAACUUAAAGCGGAACAUGAUGCACUCCUGGCAGAAAGAGCUGCAAAUGACAGUAAACCUAUUAAAGUUACAUUACCCGAUGGCAAGCAGGUUGAUGCUGAAUCUUGGAAGACUACUCCUUAUGAAAUCGCUUGUGGAAUUAGUCAGGGCUUAGCUGACAACACUGUUAUUGCUAAAGUGAACAAGAUGGUUUGGGAUCUAGACCGUCCUUUGGAGGAGGAUUGUAUCCUGGAGCUCCUUAAGUUUGAAGAUGAAGAGGCUCAAGCAGUAUACUGGCACUCAAGUGCUCACAUAAUGGGUGAAGCUAUGGAGCGAAUCUAUGGUGGCUGUUUGUGCUAUGGCCCACCAAUAGAAAAUGGAUUUUAUUAUGACAUGUUCCUUGAGGAAGGGGGUGUAUCAAGUAAUGACUUCUCUGCUUUGGAAACAUUAUGCAAAAAGAUAAUGAAAGAAAAACAAGCCUUUGAAAGACUGGAAGUUAAGAAGGAAACACUACUUGAAAUGUUUAAGUAUAAUAAAUUCAAGUGUCGCAUCCUGAAUGAGAAAGUCAAUACUCCAACUACAACAGUAUACAGAUGUGGUCCCUUGAUAGAUUUAUGCAGAGGGCCUCAUGUCAGACAUACUGGCAAGAUAAAGACCAUAAAAAUUCAUAAGAAUUCUUCGACCUAUUGGGAAGGCAAGUCUGAUAUGGAAUCUCUCCAGCGGAUCUAUGGAAUUUCAUUCCCAGAUGGAAAAAUGCUGAAGGAAUGGGAGAAAUUCCAGGAGGAGGCUAAAAGCAGAGAUCACAGAAAAAUUGGGCGGGACCAAGAACUGUUUUUCUUUCAUGAGCUCAGCCCUGGUAGCUGCUUUUUCUUGCCAAAAGGAGCUUACAUUUAUAACACAUUAAUUGAAUUCAUCCGGAGUGAGUAUCGAAAACGUGGAUUCCAGGAGGUUGUCACUCCAAAUGUUUUCAACAGCAAACUAUGGAUGACUUCAGGGCACUGGCAGCAUUACAGUGACAAUAUGUUUUCCUUUGAAGUGGAGAAAGAAAUCUUUGCUCUGAAACCUAUGAACUGUCCAGGACACUGCCUUAUGUUUGAUCAUCGUCCAAGAUCAUGGCGUGAGCUGCCAUUACGGUUGGCUGAUUUUGGUGUUCUGCAUCGCAAUGAACUGUCAGGAGCUCUUACAGGACUCACUCGAGUACGUCGGUUCCAGCAGGAUGAUGCUCACAUAUUCUGUGCUAUGGAGCAGAUUGAAGAGGAGAUAAAGAGUUGUCUUCAGUUCUUGCGUACUGUGUAUGAUGUCUUUGGAUUUUCCUUUAAACUGAAUCUCUCUACUCGUCCUGAAAAGUACCUGGGAGAUAUUGAAGUGUGGAAUCAAGCUGAAAAGCAACUUGAAAGCAGCCUCAAUGACUUUGGUGAGAAGUGGGAGUUAAACCCUGGUGAUGGAGCUUUCUAUGGACCUAAGAUUGACAUUCAGAUUAAAGAUGCCAUUGGCCGCUACCACCAAUGUGCUACAAUCCAGCUUGACUUCCAGCUGCCAGUUAGAUUUAACCUCACCUUUGUCAGUCAUGAUGGUAAUGACAAGACAAGACCAGUUAUCAUUCACCGGGCUAUCUUGGGUUCUGUGGAGAGAAUGAUCGCCAUUCUAACUGAAAACUAUGGAGGCAAAUGGCCGCUCUGGCUGUCCCCACAGCAAGUAAUGGUGGUACCAGUGGGACCAACAUGUGAUGAGUAUGCUCAAAAGGUCAGACAGCACUUCCACGACGCUGGAUUAAUGGCAGAUGUUGAUGUAGAUCCUGGGUGCACACUGAACAAGAAGAUCAGAAAUGCUCAGCUUGCACAAUAUAACUUUAUUCUGGUUGUUGGUGAAAAGGAGAAGGCAAGUGGAACAGUUAACAUCCGUACCCGAGAUAACAAGGUGCAUGGUGAGCGUACAAUUGCAGACACUGUGGAGAGACUGCUGGAACUGAAAUGCUCUCGCUCCAGACAAGCUGAAGAGGAGUUUUAACACCAUCUGCUCUACCUGGCAUAAAAAAAAAAAAAAAUCUAGUUUUCCUAAUUCAGUUAAUCACAGAGUUUUUGUGCUGAAACAGAUUUGGAAUAUAUUUCCCAUUGGACCUCUUGCUCAUUUUAGCAGAGAUUUUUCUUUAAUCAAAAAUGUCUCCUUUUGUAAAAAUCAGUUUUUCACAAACCUUGAAGUAAAAUUUCCUGGCCUCUGACCACUGAGAAAUGAAGCAAAAUGAAAUUACUUUCUGUGACUGCAAGGGAAAAUGGAAAUGUUAAUCAGGAAUACCCCUAACACUCUUAACUACCCUGUUAAUAAAUUUAAUGAAAGACAUUUGUUCUCAAAAUGUAAGUUAAACAAAAUACCUCAGGCCUAAGAAACUCAGGCAUCAGCUUUUGGAGUGUCUCCUUUAGCAGGGAAGGUGGUACCUUGUCUUCCCUGCUUGACUCUGAUCAGUUCCCAGUCACACGAACGGGAAGUGAGCGGAGAGCUCCCGGUGCUGUAGCGUGUGGUGCCUCCGGGGGUGUCUCAGCUCUCGCUGGGUGACACUCCUGACCUGGGGCUGGCUGCCACAGGGCACCGAGCUGCUAACUAAAGCCAGCUCUACCCUUUUCCAGAGGCAGUACCUGAGGUGUGCUGGCUCUACGGGUAAGGUUGUAGCUGUAGAAGGGGGAUAGGAUUGCCUGGAAGAGGUAGGGCAUAGCAGGGCCAGGGUUCUUGGGAUCAGAGGCUGUUUCUGUUCUUCCUCUGAGCUGUCCUUUCAGUAAGGCUAUAUAUGUCAUGGCAGAAACAACAGCAUACCAAACUAGAGAAUAGUAAUGGUUAUUUUUUUAAGACAAAUAGUUUUUCAAUUUGUUAGGCAUAGUCCCCUUCAGUGGAACACUUCAUUCCCAAGCUUCACGUACUCAAUUAGCAGCUGAGGGAUCUCAUCAAUUGCUUUUUGGUUUGAGUUUUCUGUUUGCUUUAUUUUGGGGUGGGGUUUUUUUGUUUGUUUUGUUUUGUUUUUCACAUCUGGCUGACAAGCAGCAAAUGUCUGUUACUGAGAAAAAAUAAAAUGGUCUGAGGUUU